UGGGACCAAUCUGACCCAACAUCACUUCACCUGAAGCCACUAGACAGCCUCUGCAUCUCCAGCCACAGCAUCUGAACCAAAGGCUUAGCCAUGAGCAGGAACUACAUGUCCAAGUUUGAUGAGCUCCGCAAGGGAGACUAUCUCUGGUCCAACAACCACGAAUGGAAGGCUGUUUUCCAGGAGGACGGCAACUUUGUGAUCUAUGGCUGGAGGCAGAUGUGGUCGUCUGACACCUCAGGCCAGCGGGAGGCCCACCGCCUCUGCAUGCAGGACGACUGCAACUUUGCCAUGUACAAGCGCGACAACAAAAUGAUGUGGCAGACCAAGACCCAGGCGUCUGGUGGCUUCAAGAUGUGCCGCAUGUACCUGCGCAAUGACGGCAACCUGGUGAUCGAGAGGGACGGCGAGGAGGUGUGGAACUCCUCCCAGUCUAAGGGAUUCAAGUGAGAAGGGUGCGCUCCAUUGCAGGGUAUUGGCACACAUACCACUGCACUUUGUAGUAGGCUAGUCAGAUGUAAAGUCUGAUGAAUCAUACUCAAUAAAAAAAUCACUGCAGAGAA